AAACCGCAAGCAAAAAAGGCAGCAAGCGUAAACGCGCAGCGAAAGCGUCAAGAACCGCGGCUUCGGAGGACCAGGGUUGCUCUCGCUCCCACGACACCAUGCACCGCGGCCACCAGGCUCGUGCCGCACUCCUGCUCGCCGUCGCUGCCCUGGCGGCUUCGCUGUGCCUGGGCGACGAGGCCCGCUGCAAGGACACGAGCAGCACCUACGAGACGUCGUACACGUGCGAGGGCUUCGUGGACGCGCGAGACUUCGGUCGCCACCUGGAGCGCGGCCGCGUCCCUCGCUCGUCGCGGGGACUCAGUUUCAUCCUGCGCGAUUCGCAUCCGCGCGACUUCCCCGUCGGCUGGCUAGAGGGCGUGAACGCCACUCUGCUCGAGUUUCAGAACGUCUCGCUAGCGUCGCCGGAGUCGUACAGCACGGUGCUCUCCGCGCUGGCCGGAGACGCGCCACCGUCCUCCGUGGAGCGCCUGGUCUUCAGCUACGACAGCACGCUUCCGGCCAGCUGGGAGACCCUGCGCACGCUGCCGCGCCUUAAGACCCUCGGGCUGGUCAAGAUGAGCGGCCUGAGGCUGGGCCGCGACUUUGGCCUCCUGCCACGCACCGUGCGGGGCGUCAGCGUGCUCCACUCGAGCGUGGAGAGCGUCGAGGAGGGCUGGCUCGCCGAGCUGCCCGACCUCGAGUACGUGGUCAUCCGAGACUCAAAGCUCGCCCACUUCUCCCGGAGCAUGCUGCCCACGCCCGCGCUCAAGCUGCGGAGCAUCGACCUCGACUACAACGAGUUGAGCGUCAUUCCGGAUGGAUUCGGCGAGGGCUUUCCAGCACUGGCGUUCCUCGACCUGGAGGGAAACAAGAUCACCACCAUCGAGGAGCAUGAAGUCGCCGGUGUGCUGAGCGACACCGGAACUGUUGUGCUGCUUGGAAACAACCGCCUCCACUGCGACUGCAAGCUGGGCCACCUUCGACGUCACUCGGACCGGCGGCUGCGCACCCGUUGCCAUUCUCCGGACAAACUGCGGGGACGUAGCGUGCAGAGCCUCACGGACGCCGAGCUUGGUUGCCCAAAGCUCUAACGUGGACAACGCGAGCACGCGCCGUACUCGGUGUAUCGCCUGUUGCACUUCUCCCACACCAUGUCUUUGAAAGUAAAUGUUCUCUGCCAGCUUGAUCCAACCACGGUUUCCUCUCGAGUCCUCCUCUCGCAUUAAACAUCUCGCUCAUCUCGUUUAGGCACUUCCGUCGUGUACUUCAAUGCAAAACCUCCCUCUUCAUCCGGUGAUCUAUUUUCAGUGCGCUGGCUCGGCCUCAUAGAAACCCUCUCCACUUGAGCGUGCUCCUCGCCUCUUGUCAGCUAAUUAAAUAAGAAGAACCGCUCAAUGUAGCCAAUGUUAUUCGUUUUGAAAGCAAAGGGACUUCCUCUAAAGGAGGAGAGCGUUUGAUUGGGCUGUCCAGACAACGCUAGCUGCCGGUCACCACCCGAUGCUUGCGUGGUGGUUACGUAAAUUUAACGUAAGACGAUUGAAAAACAAAAACAUAUUGGAACAGUUUUACGUUAUAGGGCCCCAGCUUGUUCCAAUUUUCCUUGAUAUUGAUUGACAUCUGGGCUUUGUCGGGUAGAAUUAUUAAUUUUUUAUGAAUACGUAACAGCUUUUUCAACGCAGAUUGGUGUGUUCGUUUAUAUCUCUUACCUUGGAUCAAAACUUGCACCCCCAAAUAACCACUGCUCAUUGCCAUAUGUAAGCCGAGAAUUUAUUCUGCGCCCUUCCCAGCACAAGGUAUACAUGAAACGCUGGAAAUCUGAGAGUACAGAAAUAAAAGUUACAUUUCACUA